UGAUGGGGCUCGUUCUAAUAUCACUUGGAGCUGAGGGGGCACCUUCAAAACAUCUUCAGAAGAAAGCAAACCACAAGUCAUCAGAAGAAUCCCUUCCAUCCUCAUCAUACCGGUUGAUCUUGGAUCCUGAGUUCAAAUCCUCGGCCAACCCGAUCCAUCCAAUCAACAACGACUCCAUCUCUCCAUGGACCUACACGUUUACACAUGAUGACAGCCUGUACCCUCCUAGCAUCGCAGAGGCGAAAUGUUCACUGACUGGAUGUUUGGUAGGAGGCGCUGAGGAUUUCCAUUCCAAACCCAUUUACACCCAAAUCAUGGUCUUGAGGAAAAUUCGAGGAGAAAAGCAGAACUACUCCUUAAAACUUGAGUACAAAACCAUUGCAGUGGGAUGCACCUGCGUGCGUCCAUAUGUACAACAAGUUUAAAAUGUGGGACCUGAUGGAGUUAGAAUACUAUAGAUUUUUUUUUUAUCAUUAGUGUAAUACGAAUCCAGAACGUAAGGCUGAAGACUUGUGACUUUAUAAUUUAUUUAUUAUCUUGUAUACAUGUUUGCAAAAUGUAGGAUGUAUAUUUGUUCAUGAUAUUUUAUGG